AUGGGACCCGCCGCUUGCCCCGCGCUGAGGUCGCCGCCGCCGCCGCCGCCGCCGCCGCCGUCGCCGCUGCUGCUGUUGCUACCACUGCUACCGCUCUGGCUGGGCCUGGCGGGCCCCGGGGCCGCGGCGGACGGUGGCGAGCCCACGGCCGGGGCGGGGCGGGGCGGGGCCCGCGCCGUGCAGGUGGACGUGAGGCUACCGCGGCCGGACGUACUGCGCCUGGAGGGUGUUAGGAUCGGCCCCGAAGUGGACCCGGUGCCCGCGCUGCAUGGCCGCCUGCUGCUGAUGGACAUGGUGGAUGCCGAGCAGGAGGUGCCCGCGGAAGACUGGAUUGCAGUGGCCUACGUGGGCAAGGAGCAGGCAGCCCAGUUCCACCAGGAAAGCCAGGGCAGUGGUCCCCAGGCCUGUCCCAAGGCCCUUGUCCAGCAGAUGCGGCGGGCCCUCUUCCUAGGAGCCUCUGCUCUGCUUCUCCUCAUCCUGAACCACAAUGUGGUCCGAGAGCUGGACAUAACCCAGCUUCUGCUCAGGCCGGUGAUUGUCCUUCAUUACUCUUCCAACGUCACCAAGCUGUUGGAGGCACUGCUGCAGAGGACCCAGGUCACUGCUGAGAUCACCAGCGGAGAGGCCCUGUCAGCCAACAUUGAGUGGAAGCUGACUUUGUGGACUGCCUGUGGCCUCUCCAAGGAUGGUUAUGGAGGCUGGCAGGACUUGGUGUGCCUGGGAGGCAGCCGUGCCCAGGAGCAGAAUCCUCUGCAGCAGCUGUGGAAUGCCAUCCUGCUGGUGGCCAUGCUCCUGUGCACUGGCCUCAUGGUCCAGGCCCAGCGGCAGGCAUCACGGCAGAGCCAGCAUGAGCCUGGAGGCCAGGUGGACCUGUUCAAGCGCCGCAUGUUGCAGAGACUGGCGUCCCUCAAGACCCGGCGCUGUCGUCUGGGCCGGGCAGCACAGGGACCCUCGGAGCUAGGCAUCGAGACCUGCGCUGUGUGUCUGGACCACUUCUGCCAUAAGCAGUGGCUCCGGGUGCUACCCUGUAAGCACGAGUUCCAUCGAGACUGCGUGGACCCCUGGUUGCUGCUUCAGCAGACCUGCCCGCUGUGCAAGUUCAACGUGCUGGGGAAUCACUACUCAGAUGACUAGCUGCC